AUGGCUAAUAACAAUGGAGUACAUAAUACUAGUGUGAGAAAAGCAAGUUUUUCUUCGAGUAAAAACGAAUCUUCUAUAUCAGCACAGUCGAAUUCUCCGUCUAUACCAAUUCUAUUUUCACCUUAUGUAGUUUCUAGUCGUGGAAAGUCUAAUGCUCGAAAGGAACAACAAUUAAAACGUAGUUUAAGUUUUGGUCGUUCUUCAAACGAUGAGGAUAUUCCUACGAAGGACACUGUUAUGAAAAUUUUAAAUAUUUCAGUCGAAGAAGAGGAACGUACAGCACAAUAUUUUCACUUUCUUUUGAAUAGAGAAACAGAUAGAUUUGUUGAAUUAUGUAAGAAAUGGACGAAGAUUCAGACAGAGCCAGAAACUACUGAAGUUGGUCAAUAUGAAAUAAGUGAAACGAUUGAACAAACAAAUUUGCUAAUAAAUAAAAAAUUUGGAAGGUUUCGUAGAUUGGUCACUGAUUGUGAAGUAGGAAAAGGAGAAAUGUUAGUUACUUGUAAAGAUUUGCAAGGAUUCUGGGAUAUGAUGUAUAUGGACAUAAAAAAUUGUGACUUGCAAUUUGAAAAACUGGAGACUCUUCGUUCACAAGACUGGAAAGAAGAGGCUGUGCUCGUCAAUGGAUCAUUUACAAAAAAAAUUAGAAAUAUCUUAGCAAAACGGAAAAAGAAAAUGGCAGAAAGAAUUAGGAGGAAUAAGGAACUUAAAUCUAAUCAACACCUAACCAGUAAAAUAAAUAAUAAAUACCAAAGAAAUAUAAGUCCUAAUAUAAAGCAUAAAAUAAAGUCAAUGUUUAUUGGCUGUAGUGAAAACGAACUUAUAAAACAUAGAUCAUGUUUAUUAAAAAAUAGUUACCCUAUAAUAACUAAUGACAAAGUAUCUAAAACGCCAGAAGUUCAGUUAGAUGAUUCAAUAUCUUAUAUUAAUUCUAAUCAAACACCAGGGAGAAGUAUAUUAAAACAACCAAAGAAUUCAACUGAAACAAAAUGUAUAAGGUCAACAAAUAAGGUUAAUUUUGAUGAUCAUAUAGCUUUAAAUGAAAUACCAACUGAUGAAGAAACACAGAUAAGAUUAAAUUUAGCUGCAGCAUUGUUGAGAAUAGAUAAUUUUGAUCAUGAUAGUUUUGACGAAGUAAAAAUUGGCACAAAAAGAAAAUUGUUUGAUGACAGUAGUCCUAAUGAAUAUGAAGAUGUCAAACAAGGUUCACAAGAUAAUAAAAUAACAUCUGUGCAAGCACAAGCAGCAAUACCAUUACUAGAAUCAAAUAAAAAUUUCAAUAUACCACAAAGAAGACGCAUGAAAAAACAAAAUUCUCAAGAUGAAAAUGAUAUGACAUUACAUCAAAGUAUGUCUUUAAAUAUAAAUACUUCCACGCCAAUUAGAAAAGAUAAAAAUAUUUUAAAUUUAAAUACAUUAUUACAAAAACAUGUUCCUAUAAGUAAUAAAAACGAAAUUAGCAGUUGUGAUGAAAGUAUAAAAGUUUUGAGAAAUAGAACUAUUAUUUCAAUGGGCACACCUAUAAAUAAAAGAAAAUCUGACAAAAAAGUGUAUGCUCAAAAAAUAGAAUAUAAAGAAAAUGAAUCUCCUUUAGAGGAGAAAACAAGAAAAAAUUCUUUUAAAAUCAAUGUUAAUAAUUGUGAAAAAAUGGAUAUAGAUGAAAAUAAUAGCAGCAAGAAGAGAUCCAUUAGGAACGUAGAAUUUUCUGAAAACGAAAAUUAUGAAGAAAGAAAUAGAUCAACUCUGCCUAGGACUGCUCUUGUUAAAAAAUGUAAAACUCUUACAAAUUCUUACAAAUUUAUUCCAAAGGAAAAUUCUGUUUCUUUGGAAAUGCAAGAAACACGUAAUUAUUUUAUAUUAAUUUUUGUUAAUCAUAGAUUAUAUUUUAAAUAUUUUAUUUAAAAUUCAUAUAUAAUUCAUAUAUUUAUAUAUUUGUAUAAUUUAAUUUUCAGAACAUCUUACGAAAUUUAGAAACAAAAAGAUAUAA